CCAUUUUAUCCGGGGAAUGUUGAUAUUGGGACACUUGGCUGUAUUAUUUUGAAGAAACUAGCUAGUGAGCUAGUUGGCGUAAACAUUUUACAUAGUUAAUUGUGUUUUCCAUAGAAGUACACUAAGUAACAUCAAUGAGUUGUAAAGGAAACUCAAAUGAAACUCUUAAACGUAAAGUUGUGUAUGUCUACAGCCCCCAAUACAUCGAGACAUGCGACUCGUUAUCAAAAGUCCCCAACCGGGCAAGUAUGGUGCAUUCCCUCAUAGAAGCAUAUGGGUUGCUUCAGCACAUGAGUAUUGUCAAGCCCCAUGUUGCGACCAUCGAGGAGAUGGCUAAGUUCCACACAGACGCCUACCUUGAGCACCUUUACAAAAUCAGCCAGGACGGGGACAACGACGACCCCCAGUCUGGAGACUUUGGACUGGGUUAUGACUGCCCGGUGGUGGAAGGCAUCUACGACUACGCCGCGGCGGUGGGCGGGGCCACCCUGACGGCCGCCCAGUGUCUGCUGGACAAGAGGGGCGAGGUGGCCAUCAAUUGGGCCGGAGGCUGGCACCACGCUAAGAAGGAUGAGGCUUCAGGGUUCUGCUACGUGAAUGAUGCAGUGCUUGGAAUCCUUAAGCUGCGGGAGAAAUAUGAGAGAGUCCUGUACGUGGAUGUGGACCUUCAUCAUGGAGAUGGUGUGGAAGAUGCCUUUAGUUUUACCUCCAAAGUGAUGACCGUGUCGCUGCACAAGUUCUCCCCCGGCUUCUUUCCAGGCACAGGAGAUCUGUGUGAUACAGGGUUGGGUAAAGGACGCUGGUACGCAGUCAACGUCCCUCUAGAUGACGGCAUUAAAGACGACCGAUACUUCCAGGUGUUCACCAGCGUGAUGCAGGAAGUGCAGACGCUGUUUAACCCCGAAGCGGUGGUGAUGCAGCUGGGAGCCGACACCAUGGCCGGCGACCCCAUGUGCUCCUUCAACAUGACCCCUGUCGGCGUGGCCAAGUGUCUGCGGCACGUACUGGACUGGCACCUGCCUACUCUGCUGCUCGGAGGAGGAGGGUAUAACUUAGCCAACACGGCCCGCUGUUGGACCUACCUGACUGGUACCCUGCUAGGACAAACACUGGCCUCUGAAAUACCCGACCAUGAGUUCUUCACAGAGUAUGGUCCCGACUACUCCCUGGAGAUCAGUCCCAGCUGUCGACCGGACCGCAACGAGACCAAACACCUGGACACGGUCAUCUCCACCAUCAAAGGGAAUUUGAAGAAUGUGGUUUAAAGGAGGAGUCUCUGUCUCCUGUUUCCAAUCAGGUCCUCCUGGGGUAAUGAACUCUCACACAAACAUACACACACGCUAAUGAGGAAAGUAUGUUGAAGCUCCAUCUUUUGCCAAUGGAGGUGUGUGUGGAGUUGGAGAGAGAUUGGAAAACAUGACUUUGAAUGUUUCUGGGGAGGGGGGGUAACUUUUAUUGCAGGGGCCUAGAAUGAGGAUAAGGGUCCAGUUGUUGCCUGUUUCACUUUCAGUCUGUGUCCUUCAGUUUAUGUACUUUUUUUUUUUUAACUGGGGGAGGGGGAUUUGGGUUCAACUAGCCAUGGACCACUGAAAAUUUCUUCCCAAUAAAAUGGCUUGUAAUGACAAACCAUCUCAGAGUUGGAGGGCAGAUUCAAGAACAAAAUUCAGAAGAUUCAUUUUUCUUUUUAAAUCCUUAAUGAAAUGACAUGGCCCAGAAAAUACCUAGUUUCAUUUUACUUCUAAAUUCUCAGACCAGGUCUUCAGCUAUGGUUAUUAAGUCAGAGGUUUGCCCAAAUGGGUUGUGGGUGGACUGGAAAACUAUCAAACAUCUAUGUACUAAAGUGUUGGAAACACAUAGGGCAGGCAGUGGUGGUAUUUAAUGUACAGUUGUGCUAAAUUAAUAAAGCAGACACAUGGGGACUUGUGUUACCUCCUUGGCCCAAUGACAAAUCAACCCCUAAAUACUAGUGCUCUCUAGUCUAUCCAUUUAACCAGCAUAGUGCAGCUAAAUAUUUUGCUGUGCAACCUGGAUUUAAUUUUUUUUCUUAAAAAAUUCACUAUUCUACUUUCUACCUCAUUUAUUUACACCAAUGCUCCUUGUACAUUUUAAAAAAAUAAAUUAAAGAAGAAUCAACUUACAAAUCUGUCUUAUGCCCUCGUGGAGAUCUGAGAGGACUUGACAGAUGUAUGCAAUCUAGUAAUUGCUUCAACUUGUCCUCGGAUAGAACGUGCAUAAGAUUCCCCAUAAUACUUAUACCAGUCAUAUCCUCUCAGAUCUCCAAAAGAGCAUGAGGUUAAGGGGUCGAUUUGGGAUUGGGCUUUUAACUUGCUUGCCUCGUGCUGCAUGUUAAACCCCACUGGAUAUAAGUACCAAAACAGACAGUCUGGGCUGAGUUACCCAAAACAACGAAGAUAAUCUUAAGCCUGAGCAAGAACCCCAACAACAACUUUGGUAUUAUAUGAUCUUGGUGCCAAAGUGACUCGUCAGCAUAUUUCUUGUCAGUUGAGGAACAGACAAGGAUAACUCUUAGCAUUAUUUUGUACUGCACAGUCAAUGUGUUUGAAGUUGCAUGUUAAUGAUAUGAUCUCCUGUGAAAUGAAGUCUAGCAAAAGCAAAUUUGUCCCGUUUCCAUUUUAAUGGCAUGUUUUAAAUUGAACUGUUCAUUAGGAGUGUAAGUGUUUUGUAUCAUUUUGCUUUUGGUUUCACAAAAGUAUGACAAUGUUGAGGGAAAAUGCUUUUUAAAGGGUUUGUUUUUGCCUUCUGUACAAUGUAAAUAUAAUCUUUUAGUAAAAAAAAGUGACUUUGUUGUUAAA